GGGGAAACGGCCCGGUCUCGGGGGCGGGGGUAUGGGAUAUUGGGAUAGUAUGCCGCUGAAGUUUGUCCAGUACGUACGUGCGCUUUGUUGUAACGAAGAAUUUUGAAAAAUGGAUGAAAGACUCAUCGAAAGCGUAAAAAAGUUUCCUUGCCUGUGGGACACGAGUUCAGAAUUUUAUAAAUGUAACGAAACAAAGGAUGCGGCAUGGAAUCUCAUCAUUAAUGAAGUAAACAUAAAAGACGUUACAACCGCCAAAUACCGAUGGAAACAACUUAGAGAUAACCAUCGAGAUGCAUUAAAACGUCAAAAUGCAACAAGGAGUGGACAGGCUAGAAGACAACGCAAGGAGUGGAAAUAUCAAAACGCCAUGUCAUUUCUUCUACCGUACAUGUGUAACAGAGAUCGAGCAUCAAAUUUUGAAUCCUUAGAAGACUCGGCAAAUGAGAAUUCAAAUCAGCCAAAUUUUGAUGAUAAUUCUCAAAAAUCAAGCGGUAUCUUGCCAUCAACAUCAAAUAAUCUUACCUCUGUCAAUGUUUCCGAUGAUUCGACAGCAUCUGGUCCGAUUCCUUCCACAUCGAAAAAAAGGAAGAACGAUGAGAUCCUAGAUAUAUUAAGAAAAAAUCAAGAAAACCGCGAUCUUUUAAGACAAGAACGUACGGAAGUUAAAAAUAUGAUGGGAGCCAGGGACAAGUAUGAUGAAAUAGACCUUUUUUUUUUAAAUUUGGCUGCGUCAACAAAAAAGUUGCCAUAUUAUUUACAACUUCAAAUAAAAAAAAAUUGUUAAUGGUAUUCUCCGAAUAAUUAUGGUUACUCUACAAGCUCAACACCAACAUCAGGCAAUAUAAAUAUCAGUAAUAAUACUGCAAAUUCUUCGCAUGUUGAAGAAACUGAGGCUACUACUGAACACUCAUCAACAUUUCCACAAAAUGAUAUCAAUAUAUCUACUGCUACCGCUUCAGAUGUUCCAGAAACUCAGAACACUGGAAGAACUGGAACGCCUGUAGUAGAGCUAAGAGGUUCGGAGGAAACUGCAGAUCAAUAUCUAACAACUGUCAAUAAAAUGGAAAAACCAGAACCACCAAUACUUAAUAGAAUCUGUGAGAAUACUGAACCAGAAAUAGAAAUGGUAUGUGAGUCAAGUGGUACAACUCAGGCAAGUGCUGUGCCUGCAUUUACCAUCACAAGUUUGUCAGCAGAGUUUACAACAUUCCGCUCAUUCAUUAUGUCGGCACUGAAGUCACUUCAAGAACAAGUGGCACUCCUCUCUUCUCAAGCAGAUCUGGAGUCACAGAGUCGACGAAAAAUUUUGUUACUUCAUGGGGUGCCCGACCACAUCGGAAGAUACUGUCUCAGUAGUGGUUCAUACUAUUGUGACUAA